AUGGAUGACCCCGCGGAUUCUGGAGACGGCUCUGUAGCACCGCUGGACCCCGCGGGACGAGUAGCCGAGAUCCGCUGGCCGGCCGAGACGCGUCCUGUGCGGCUGUUGGAGUGGAAAGUGAAGCCCGGCGCUUUGAUUAAUGUGGACUCCGUUAUCGCGCUGUGUGUAGCUGACCACACAGACCUGAAGUCUGGACCAGAGGAACGCGACCGGACCGACAGACCAUCGGUACCGGAUAAGAAGCUGAAGUCGGACCGAGCUGGAGUUGUGAAAGAGCUGUGCUGUCAGCUCGGACAGGUCAUACAUGCUGGGGAUGUCAUAGCGAAAAUAGAAGAAUGCAGCCACCCCAUUGUCAUGAAGGGUCUGUGUGCUGAAUGUGGCCAGGACUUAACACAACUGCAGAACAAGAAUGGAAAACGGCAGGCUCCCAUCUCUACAGCAACCGUUUCCAUGGUGCAUAGUGUUCCUGAGUUGAUGGUCAGCUCAGAGCAGGCAGAGCAGCUUGGCAGAGAGGACCAGAAGAGGCUCCAGAGAAACAGAAAACUAGUGCUCAUGGUGGAUCUGGACCAGACUCUGAUUCAUACCACAGACCAACCUUGCCAGCGCAUUUCCAAUAAGGGAACCUUCCAUUUCCAGUUGGGAAGAGGGGAGCCCAUGCUGCAUACACGACUUAGACCGCAUUGCAAAGUGUUCUUGGAGAAGAUUGCCAAGAUGUAUGAACUACACGUUUUUACCUUUGGGAGUCGCCUCUAUGCACACACCAUCGCAGGCUUUCUGGACCCUGAAAAGAAGCUUUUCUCUCAUAGAAUCUUGUCCAGAGAUGAGUGCAUUGACCCAUACUCCAAGACUGGAAAUCUUAAAAAUUUGUUCCCAUGUGGUGACUCUAUGGUGUGCAUCAUUGACGACAGAGAAGAUGUGUGGAAGUUUGCCCCUAACCUAAUCACUGUGAGAAAGUACGUGUACUUCAAAGGAACGGGUGAUAUCAAUGCAUCACUGGGGUCACGAGAUGGCCAGCUGGCAAAGAAAGAUACUGGUACUCAGGCUAGUCAUCCUGUAGGAGGCUCAGAUCUCUCUGCCACAUCAGAACAUGGGGAGCAGAGUAAUGGAUUCAGGAAGCAUGACAGAGAUUGUAAAGCUGUGCAUGAAGAUAUGUCAACCUUUAGCUGUGACUUUCGGGGGCCAACAACCAGAGAGGAAAGUCAUUCUGAGGGGAAAGGAGAUGGAACUGAACAUUUGAGUGACAAGUACAGUGUUAAGGGGGAGGAAGCAGGUGUCUCAGGUAGAGUGAGUAACUCAGGUGAAAUAGUCCAUAGAGAGAAUAUGACUACUGCUGAUAAUAUACAUAAUGACUUGAACUUUGACCCUUUAAGUGACAGUGAAACUGACUCAGGUAAAGCAGGGCUGCCACAGAGCAAAAAUGAAGAACAAUUUUCAGAAACUGGAACAUGCACACAAACAAAAGUAAAGGAAGACAGUUGGGUUAGAGAGGGAAAUGGAGAUGAACGUAUAGAAGCUCUAGAGGAGAAUCAAGGGGUUCUUAGUGAGCUAGACAAUGGUAGUACUGACAAAAAAGAAACUGAGACAGAGUCUCAAAACAGUGAGCAAUCAGGCAUCACAAUGGGUGAGGAAUCUCUAGACCACAGCAUGGGGGAUGAAGAAGAUGAAGAGGAGGAAGAAGACACAGACGAUCAUUUGAUUUACCUAGAAGAGGUCUUGGUGCGCAUUCAUAAAGAAUAUUACUUGCGCUAUGAGGCCUACCUCAGGAAGGAGAGUCUGGAGUUGCCAGAUGUUCGUAAAAUUGUCCCUGAGCUGAAGAGCAGAUCCUUGGCAGGCACCACCGUUGUGUUUAGUGGCUUAUACCCUACUAACUAUCCCAUGGAACGAACACGAGAGUGCUACCAUGCCAAGGCAUUGGGUGCCAAGAUAGGCAAGAGCCUUGUGCUUACCGCCAAAGAUCCUGACCGCACAACACACCUGAUUGCUGCACGUGCAGGCACAGAGAAAGUGCGCCAGGCCCAAGGCUGUAAACACCUGCAUGUGGUGAAUCCUGAUUGGCUUUGGAGAUGCCUGGAGCGAUGGGAGAGAGUGGAGGAGCAGCUUUUUCCACUCAAGGAGGGCUACAUCAAAUCACAGAGGAGUAACAGUCCAUCGGCAUUUCCUGACGUUCAGGAGUCCUUGUCAUCGGCUGUAAUUCACCCCACUCCUGUUCAGCCCAAAUGCCCACUGUUCCCUGUGGUCCGCACGUAUGAUCCUGUAACUGGCAAGUUAAUCCGGAGGGGUCCUCAGGCAACCCAACACACUUCCCACCUACAGCCCCACAGAACUCUACCUGGACAUGAAGUGCACUCAAACCUUAGGUCAAAUCUGGGGUCUCAGCAGCAGGAGGAGGUGGAAAGCUUGAAUCAAGAUGAUGAGAAACAUGAGCCCUCGCGCAGAAAACGACAGCCUAGUAUGUCUGAAACCAUGCCGCUUUACACACUCUGCAAGGAGGACCUGGAAAGCAUGGACAAAGAGGUCGACGAUAUUCUUGGGGAGGAGAGUGAUCAUGAGUGUGAAGAAAAAGAAAAGGAGGGAAAAAUGGAGCAAGAGAAAGAAGCAGAGGAGCAACCACAGAACUGUAGGCAAAGGGCCGGAUCAUUAGAUUACCAAGACCUGGGCACAGUGGUCAAGGAUACAUUGCUAUCAUCCAGCAGUUUGUCUGAAAGCAUUUCAAGGGGUCAGAAGAGGAAGCUAGAGGAGGCCAAGGAGGAGGAUGAUGAAGUGAAUAAUGAUGAUGACAAAGACGGAGACUUGUCUAGUGAAUCUAGUAAGGAUUCUAAUGGGGAUGGUAGCAGCUCAGAGGCAGAUGAAAUGGCUGCAGCUCUGGAGGCAGAGUUAAAUGAUUUCAUUUGACCUGUGAAAAGAUAACAAGGGCCAAGAUGAACGAAGCUUUAGUUCCUGUCACAGAAGGUCUCUGCUGUCCUGUUCACACAAGGUACAAAGUUAUGCUUUUAUGUGGGUAUUUGAGAAGUCAGGUAUUGGAGGAAUUUAUUACAGUUUUGUUUUAAAGUUACCUUGGAGGGGGACAGGUUGGAUUUUGUUUUUCCUUCUCUUUUCUUAGAAAAAAGAAAUAAUUGGUCAGAAAUGCCAAACAGUGUGAACAGGGGUCUGUUUUCAUGUUGUGGCCAGCAGCUGUAUUUUUACAUGGAUUUCCAUUUUCUCUCUCUCUCUCUCUGUCAUGCCUUCCCUAUAUAUCAUACUGAACAUUUACAUAAAUCAGUACUAAGCUCUGGCAUGUUAUACCUCGAAAUAUAUUACAUACUUAGAAUGAUUUUCAAAUUAAACAAGCAUUGAGUAGUUUUGUAUCAAUUUUGCCUCUGUGCAAAAAAAGUCAAAUGUCCCAUUAUUACAUGUAAAUGUUCUUAAUAUGUGAACAAAUUUACUUAAUAAAAUAUUGAUGAGAUGGUAUCAACAAGGUUAA